GACGUGCUUCUAGCCUUUCCUCCUAGUGUAGGGUUUUUUGAGAAGAGAAAAGUUACUGAAAUUCAAAAAACGAACACGUUGCUCUGGACUAGCUCUCUUUCUUUCUUGUGCACUUUGUUCCACUUCAGGAAUUUUAUCUUAGAAUUCUAGUGUUAGCGUUCCCUCAUUCAUUUAUCUCGAAUUGGAGUACUUUUGGUGGGAGGAUGCAUGAAGCUUGUGGGAGGAUAGGAGAUAAACACUAUGAUUGAAUGUUUGUGUGCAAAAAUUAGUAGACAUGCCCCCUUGUAUAGGUUCACUUUGACAGUUUGACUUGUCCAGCACCAUCUUCUGGUAUUACCAUUGUCUGAGUUCUCAAGAUUUCUUCCACAGAAGGUAGAUGAGUUCUAGAAUACCAUCCCAUCAGCUUAGCAAUGGCCUCUACGUAUCCGGGCGGCCGGAGCAGCCCAAAGAAAGGACUCCAACCAUGACAUCAACAGCUGUGCCAUAUACUGGUGGAGACAUAAAAAAGUCUGGAGAAUUGGGGAAAAUGUUUGAUAUUCCUGUUGAUGGCUCUAAGUCUAGGAAAUCUGGACCAAUAACCGGCGCUCCUUCACGGACAGGAUCUUUUGGAGGAGCUGGUUCACAUUCUGGACCAAUCCAGGCUAAUGCUGCUGCUCGAGCUGCCUAUACCACUUCAGGUCCAAUGACUUCUGGUGGCUCAAGUUCAAUGAAGAAAUCAAAUUCUGGGCCACUGAAUAAGCAUGGGGAACCUGUUAAAAAGUCUUCUGGUCCUCAGUCUGGGGGAGUCACACCAAUUGGUCGUCAAAAUUCUGGACCUCUUACUCCUGUUCUACCUACAACAGGUCUCAUUACAUCUGGGCCCAUAUCCUCUGGUCCGCUAAAUUCUUCUGGGGCUCCUCGUAAAGUGUCUGGUCCUCUGGAAGCGACAGGUUCAAUGAAGAUGCAAGGUUCUGCUGCUGUUCACAACCAAGCUGUGACUGUUCUUAGUCAAGGUGAUGAAUAUUCCUUCAGAAGGAAUUUUCCAAAGGCGGUGUUAUGGUUAUUAAUUCUGCUUUUUGUCAUGGGUUUCAUUGCUGGUGGUUUUAUUCUUGGAGCAGUGCGCAAUGCCAUUCUCCUUAUUGUAGUUGUGGUUCUUUUUGGCUUAGUUGCUGCAUCUUUCUCUUGGAAUACUUACUGGGGAAGAAGAUCUAUUAUGGGCUUCGUUGCUAAUUAUCCAGACUCUGAGCUCAGAACUGCAAAAAAUGGGCAAUUUGUGAAGGUCUCUGGGGUUGUUACCUGCGGUAAUGUCCCUCUUGAGUCAUCUUUCCAGAAAGUUCCCAGAUGUGUAUAUACAUCAACAAGUUUAUAUGAGUAUCGUGGUUGGGACUCAAAAGCUGCCAAUCCUACACACCGGCGGUUUUCUUGGGGCCUUAGAUUGCUCGAAAGGCGUGUGGUUGACUUCUAUAUCUCGGAUUUCCAAUCUGGUUUAAGGGCAUUGGUUAAGACAGGUCACGGAUCAAGAGUGACCCCUUAUGUUGAUGACUCAGUUCUCAUCAAUGUAAAUCCAACCAAAGAAGAGAUUUCGCCAGAGUUUCUCCGGUGGUUGGGAGAGAGGAAUCUUUCAAGUGAUGACCGCAUCAUGCGGUUGGAAGAAGGGUACAUCAAAGAGGGAAGCACAGUGAGUGUAAUGGGGGUGGUUCAGAGGAAUGAGAAUGUGCUUAUGAUUGUUCCUCCACCAGAUCCUAUCACCACUGGUUGCCAAUGGACCAAAUGUAUUUUCCCGGCAAGUCUUGAAGGUAUAGUGUUAAGAUGUGAAGACGCAUCAAAGAAUGAUGUGAUACCAGUUUAACAGUAGUGUGUGUGUGCAAUGAGAAUGGUUGCAGCAUCUUCUAAUUGGGCUCCUUAGAUAGUGUUAUUGUAUUCUUUUCCCCUCUGUUAUUAGUGGUGGUGGAAUAUCAUAUUGACAAAAAUUGUUAUAGAUUAAGAUGCCAAAGUUGUUUGUGUGUGCCCUUUAUUUUUCAUCUUAAAUUGUUGUAUAGUUCUGGUUAUCUUCUUCAUGUUCUUCUAGGCUUUGUAAACUUCGGUAAUGUUUGGUGCAGUGCAAAUUCUUACUUGGACAAGCAUAUUGUGAUUAUGCUAACAACAUGUUAAAUAGAAUACAAUCUUUCUUGUGUUUGCAAA